CGACCUGCGCUUUGAGGACGGGAUUUUCGCGGGGGGGUGACGACAGACGACGACACCAGCAUCCCCACUGGCUCCGCUGGGCAUCGAGCCCCGCGCUGAGCUGCGGGCCGCGAGGGCACGGGGGGCCGGCUGGGCUCGGCCGGGCUCGGUCGGGCUCGGUCGGGCUCGGCUGGGCUCGUUUCCUAGCGCGCCCCUAGGCACCACGCCGCUCUCUCGCGUCACCGCCCACAGGCUCGGCCUCAUUGGCUGAGGGGAGUGCUCAUCCUCUCGGCCAGCCAAUCAGACUCCUCCAGCUUCGCGGGCGCGGGGCCGCCGAGGCCUCAUUAAGACGCGGGGUCCACCUCUCUUCUGGCGCGGCCGCGGCGGGCAGCAGUGACGGGGGUAACUAGCCAAGAGUGUGUGGUGGCCUCUCUAUAAAGCACUUCAAGUCUGUGGUGGGAUUUGUGUAGGUUGUUCCUUUGCCAUAGGAAAGAUGCAUUGUCAUUAGAUGCCAGACCAGUUGUCAUCGGUGCUAAGCUGCAACCAAAAUGGCUAAGUACAGGCUUGUUCUCUUAAGACAUGGGGAAGGAGCCUGGAAUAAGGAGAAUCGCUUCUGCAGCUGGGUGGACCAGAAGCUGAGCAGUGAUGGGAUAAAGGAAGCUCAGAACUGUGGCAAACACCUUAAAGCGCUGGGCUUUGAGUUUGACCUCGUCUUCACCUCUGUACUCAGCCGCUCCAUCCAGACUGCAUGGCUUGUCCUGGAAGAGAUGGGCCAAGAGUGGGUGCCCAUUCAGAGUUCCUGGCGACUGAAUGAACGUCACUAUGGUGCACUGAUCGGUCUCAACAGAGCGGAAAUGGCUCUGAAUCAUGGGGAGGAGCAAGUGAAAAUAUGGAGGAGAAGCUAUGAUGUUACCCCACCUCCCAUAACUGAAUCUCAUCCAUACUAUGAAGAGAUAUACAAUGAUCGCCGGUAUAAAUGCAGUGAUGUCUCUCAGGAUAAUCUCCCAAAGGCUGAAAGCCUAAAAGAUGUGCUUGACAGACUCCUUCCCUAUUGGAAUGAAAAGAUAGUGCCAGAACUGAAAAGUGGCAAAAUGAUCCUUAUAUCUGCUCAUGGUAACAGCAGCAGGGCAUUGCUGAAGCAUGUGGAAGGCAUAUCUGAUGAAGAGAUCAUCAAUGUUACUCUCCCUACUGGUGUGCCGAUACUUCUUGAACUUGAUGAGAAUCUGCACCCUCUGGGCCCUCACCAGUUUCUGGGUGAUCAAGAAGCCAUCCAAGCUGCCAUCAAAAAAGUAGAAGAUCAAGGGAAAGUAAAAUCUGCUGAGAAGUAAAAUCCCACUAACACAGCUGUUUUCAAAGUGUGGUAAUAAGUGAUGAUUUAUGUAUGACUGCUGGGUUGCACUGUGUGAAAGUCUCAGUUUCUAGCACUAAAUUGGAAGGGACAGUUGUUGAGUCUCAGGUUGGUAGAUUAACCCUCUGCCUUUCAAAAACUGGAAUUUAAAUCUCGGUAUGAAGCUACGGAUACUGGAAAAAGAAAUCAAGAUAUUCAGGUAAUGGAAACUUGCAGGGCAGUCUGCCAAGAUCUAGGAUUGAGGGUGGUCCAGUACAGAAAUAAAGGAAUGUUGUUGGUGUCUACCAAUAAUCAGUCCUGAUGUGUUAAGUGGAGAAGCUUACUGGACUAAGUCCAGGUUGUUACAGGCACUAAAACUUUCUCACUGAUAAAAUGCACCAAGUAAGAGCUACCCAGUGUGAUUCUUCUGUGCCAAUGGCAAUGAUAAUUUGUUGUGGAUGGAGUUUCUUUGGUCUUUCAGAACACUUUCAGCUGUACAACUCUUCGCCUUUAUUACUUUCAGUCUUCCAAGGCCAGUUCAUGGUCCAGGGGAGAAUUUUGUAGAGAUCUUCAGGCUGUUAUAGUUACCAUAGUUGUCUUUUGUUACAUUAUAUUCCAGUUUAAGGAAUCUAGAAGGAAUCCCUUUUCCUCCACCAUCUUUGCAAAUCCUAGCAUGACUGCAUUUUGCUGGCUUGCAAUAAUAGGAUUUAACUCAGACUUUAGUCCACAAACCAAGCACGAAGAUUUCCUGCUCAAUGAUUAAAUUAUCAAUUAGCUCUUAGUGAAUAACCUGAAUAGCUUUGAAACACUUAGGUAACAUGUACUAGAGGUUUGAUCAUCUCUUAAUCAAGUUAGAAUAGUUCCUGUUUACCUCAGUAAAACUACAUAUUGGAGAAUUCCCCUCUAAGCUUUCCUGAGUUGCAAAGAUCUCUUGAUAAAUGUGUUCCACAGUAAUAUUACUGUGGCAUUCUCUAGAGGGCUGGAAUAGAUGCAUGAGGUAUGUAAGAUGUCUUACUGGAUACAGCUCAUUCAGCUGUCAUGCUGGUAGGGAAGGAUAUUCUGCCAUGCCUGAAAGAGUCCUCCUAUAAAACUCUCUCAUAGCUUAAUUCCUGCUGAGUGUGGCCUUGCUGUUGUGUUGGGCACUAAAUUUGAACAGCUCACACUGUGGCUGGGUAUAGUGUAGCAUGUAUGGCAGUUUGUUUUCUUUACACAAGCAUCAGGAUAAUUCCACUUUUGAAGAGUUGAUCAAAUCUUAAUUGCAAUUAUGGAACUGUUACUUAAAUUUAGAUCUGACCCAGUGUCUCAACACCUGAACAUCUGGAUUCCGACCUCAGUUACCAACAUGGGUGGCACUUUGGUAUGUACUGUUUGAGCUGAAUGUGUGCUUAGCAUGGCCCAGCUACAAAUCUCAGGAGAAGUCGAUGAGAAUUCCCUUGGUAUAAUGAUAGUAUAAACUUUUAGAAUCCUAGAGUAGCUGCUGCUUUGCAGUGAGCAGCUCUGUAGCUCAUCUCAGUGUGAUAGGAUGUUUUUUCCUUUGAGGAGAGCAGUGUGACAGCGUGGUGUGCCUCUGGCAGUCUCCCUGUGACAUGGAGGUAGACUUUCCAGGUCUGAUGCUGACUUGUGUUAGUGUAGCCCAUACUCCAUAAAAGACCUUGUGCUAGAUGGUAUUCUCUUGCAUGAAUGGUUUUUGGGUUUUUUGUAGCCCUUGCAGUAGGAACAAAGUUACAUGUUUCUCUUAAACAUAAAGCUGGUAGGUUUCUCCUUGCUUUGUACCAUCAAGUACACUUCAGUUGUGUUUUUUCUGAGGCACUAUUAGUAGCUUUCCUGCUACUCUAUUUGACACUGACAUUCCUUUCUGGGUUUUUAGUUUUCUGUGUGUAGAGUAACUCUGAAUCUUAGUUGAUAUUUUUUUAAGUCAGUGUUAUGGAGUUAGAUUGUUGAUCAGCAAAUGUUCACCUACCAAUGCCCUGAGGAAGGCCACUGGCACUCAGGUGAUUAGAUUCUUCCCCAAACAAUGUGUGAAGUUCAGUAUCAAGUAAAAAUUACUGUAGACUUACUAAUGAGGUAAGCAGAGCCAGCUGUUGUCAGCUGGGAACUGCAUGCAUCCAGAUGUGUGGGCUUACAGGCCUUGGCUAACAGUGUCCUUAUCCCUGUGGUAUUGUAAUGCAGAACCUCCUGAAGAAGUUCUGCAUUACAAUGCGGAAAUGAACCCAGCUGAACUGGGAGAUAUGCUCUCUCCUUCUCUUUUUAGACAAUCCAUGAUCUCUUCUGGGGAUGGAGUGGGGAAUGGAAAGGUGGAUGAAUGAAUGUAGAGAGCAUUAAUAUUUCUUCUUGCAACUGAGUGGAUGAAGUUGCCUGAAAACAGCCUUUCAAAGUCACGGACAGUAAGAAAAGUAAUGUGAUGAUUUCAAGUGGCACUGUUUCUACAAUGCUGCUUGAGAUGUGAAUAGUGACAGUGUCCUGGGAAAUCUGACUUCAUUUGGUUCGGUUGUGACUCCAAAGUGAUGACAGGAUUCUAUGUGCACAUCUGGCAGCAGUACCACCUUGCAAAAGUAUCAAAUGGAACUGACUGUGGAUUUCAUUGUGCUCUUGAAGAUUAUUUUAACACCUUGCAAUGCUUUCUUCUGAAUUGCCUUCUAAUUAAAUUCCUGAUUCAUAAAAUGUGUAUAUUGAACAGAAACUUCCAUCAGUGGUGGCAUAAGGAAGCCUGAUCUUCAGACAUAGCUGCAUUAGAGUGAGAAAUAAGAAUCUUGCUGGUGGCUUUAGAAAUCAGUGGUUGGAAAACAUUUUUCCUAUGUUUGAAUAUGCCUCAAAGUCCUCCUAUAAGGUAACCGGUAUUUCUACAGUUGACAUUAUGGAUGUGGUUCGUUUGGUUUAUUUAUGCAUUUUUAAUUUGUGGAUCAGUAACAGUAAUAGCUCUAGAAUCCUCUUGGAAACCUUUGUAAAUAUGGUGGAGCUGGCAGGUUCUUUGUAACUCAAUAAAUUAACCUCAAAUAGAA